AUGCUGGGCGUGGAGAUGGAGGAUGAUUGGAGGCUGCAGAUGGUGGCAACGGAAAAGGAACCAUGGAUGAACAAGACGCAGGUCGUCACCGCCUAUGUCAUCCACCCCGUGAAGGAGAAAUGCCGGCUUAAAUGCCCGUUGACCAUCGUGGACACGCCGGGAUUCGGGGAAACGGAGGGGCUGGACGGUGCAACCAUUUCCACGCUGAAGGAUCUCUUUGAUCAUGAAAAGGGCAUCGACCGUCUUCAUUCUGUCGGGCUGGUUAUCUCUGCUUCAACUACUAGGUUGACGGCUGGAUAUGUCCGUGUCAUUGAACAGAUUCAAGAACUCUUUGGAACGGACGUCGUUAACAAUAUCCAUCUCUUCGUUACGUUCGCUUUUGAAAAUCGUCCCCCUAUCCUCGAAGCGAUGGAAAAAGCUGAUAUACAUUAUAAUGGAGCAUAUACUGUCAACAAUCGAUGUCUUUUCAAUAGAAACCAAGGGACGAAGCAAAUGUGGGCCGAAAUGAUGAGUACCAUGGGAAAUUACUUCAGCAUGUUAAUGGAUGCCAUCCCAGCGAGCAUUGGAAGGAGGGUGGAAAUCGUACAGCACAAAGAGAUAACCGAGGGCAACAUACAGGAACUACUGGGAGAAGUACAACAAGAUCUGGAAACCUUGGAACGUCUGCAGAUCUCCUACGAGGCGUUGAAGAUGGACAGCGAUAAAAACGCAAUCCGGAAGGAGCAGAUGAAAAUUGGGAGACAAUACAGGGCAACCCAGUUGAUGGUGCAAAAACUCAUCCUCGACUCUCAUGCCAGCUUCUCCAAACUGGAAGACGUCGCACUGAAACCGAAUGCCUCGACAUUAGUUGCCUACAUCGACCUCCUCGCCCAGCAGGAGCUGGAUGAAGGAAACCCUCAAAGGGCAGCUGCCCUGAAAGCCUCACGGGAGGCGGCGGAGUGGCUGACGGCCGCGAGGGAUCGAGGAGACUGGGACCCUUUCGAUCAACCGCUCUCCGAACUGAAGAAGAUCGGCCUCGAACUCCCGUUCGACGGCGCGGACUGUGACGUUCAGUUCUUGCAUGAGCCUGGAGGUCUUAUUCAGACUCUCAAGAAAAUUAUCUCUAAUCGGAAACGGAUGCCAAUAGACAAUGCGAACAAUGAAAUGAAAAAAAAAUCAUUUGGACCUGCAGUCGAACCCCACAAAUCCUCAAUUCCACAGGUGUUCGAGGACGAGCAGAGGGUGGCAGAACGAGUCCAAAAAAUGUCUAUUCAUCUGGGAAAAAUCAACGGAUAUGACUUGUACGAACUGAGAAAGGAGGUAGUGGUUCGAGAGGAAGGUAUCUUUGGCAUCUACCAUGUCAUGAGGCCCCACACCUCCGUCACCAGCGUCGGGAAAGUCGUGAUGUUCGUCGGGAUGACUGGGGCAGGUGCGUUUCUCUUAAAACUGCUUCAAGAGGAUAUAUCUCCAGCCCUAUGUGUGCGUCUGAGUGAGCUCAUCAAUGAAGUCAUCCAUUCACAAAACAGUUCCUGGAAUGAGGUGUCCGCCUAUGUCGUCCAUGCCCAGCCAGGAUCGAGAUAUCCCGACAAUUUAAUUAUCAUUGAUACCCCGGGAUUCCCUGAUACUAGAGGCUUAGACGCUGACAAGAAAUUGCUCCAUAAGUUCCAGAUGUUCUACGAUGAGGGAAAGAAAUGGAACAUCACUGAAAUCCAUACUGUGGGACUUGUCGUUCGAGAUUGUGACAGUAGACAAACGGAUAAGCAGAAGUACGUAUUCGAUUCGGUGCUGAACGUCUUUGGGAAAAAGUUGGAGAAAGCUUUCGUCGCCGUCAUAACAUUUUCCGACGGGAGUACAGAACCACCUGCAUUGAAAAUGUUAAAGGCGGGAGGGAUCCCCUAUAACGAGGUUUUCGUGAUCAACAAUUCUCCCAUAUUCGUUGACUGCAAGGAGGAGGAUCUGCACUUAAAAAGGUAUAUGUGGAACACCAAUUUCGAGAAGGUCAAGCGCUUCUGCGAUCGGUUGGAGUCCUGGGAAAACCCACCCCCCGCAACCACGAGGGAAGUUCCGGGCGAAAGUCUCGCUAUCGAAGACAUCGUGCAUCGCUUGCGGAAAGAAAUUCGUGAAGAGCUGGAAACCUUGGAACUUCUGCAGAUCACCUACGACGCGUUGAAGAAUAUCAGCCCAGAAAGGUCUAUCAAGGAGAAACUGAUGGAACUUGGGAAGCAGUACAGAAUCAUCCAGUUGAAAGUCCACAAACUCAUCCUCGACUCUCACGCUAGCAUAUCCAAACUGGAAGAAAUCGCCGCAAGACCGAAUGCCAUACCCCUGGCCGCUUACAUGGACCUCCUCAUCCAACGGGAGCUGGAUGAAGGAAACCACCAAGGGGCCACAGCCCUGAAAGCCUCACUGAAGGCGGCGGAGUGGCUGACGACCGCAAGGGCAGAUUGGGAUCCUUUCGAUCGACCUCUGUCUGAGCUGAAAAAGAUCGGCCUAGAACUCAAGUUUGACGACGAGGACUGCAACGUCCAGUCCCUGGACGAACCAGGAGGUCUUAUUCGGGCUCUCAUGAAACUCAUCGAUAAUCGGAAAGGGACUGACAACGCCAACGAAUGGCAAGGCCAUUUUGGAGACGGGGACAAAAUCAACAUGUCAUGUAAUCCUGAGAUCUUGGACGAGCGGCGGGUAGCUGAGCGUGUCAUGAGCAUGUCCACUUCGCUGGGAAGAAUCAAUGGAUACGAAUUGUACGAACUGAAGAAGGAGGAGUUGGCUCGAGAAGAAGAUAUACUCGGCAUCUAUCAGGUCAUGAAGCCCAAUAUCCACGUCACCAGCGAGUGGAAAGUCGUCAUGUUCGUCGGGGUGACUGGGGCAGGCAAGACCAGCACAAUCAACUCUCUAAUAAACUACAUCCUCGAAGUGAAAUUUGAUGACGAAUUUCGUUUCAAGCUAAUCCAUGAGGAAGUGAUCGAGUCAACUAACAGUAUGACGAAUGAGGUGUCCGCCUAUAUGGUCCAUGCCCAGCAAGGAUCAAGAUACCCCCACAAUUUAAUUAUUAUCGAUUCCCCGGGAUUCGCUGAUACUAGAGGCUUAGAAGAGGACAAGAAAUUGCUCAAUAAGUUCCAGAUGUUCUACGACGAGGGAAAAAAAUGGAACAUCACUGGAAUCCACGCUGUGGGAUUUGUCGUUCGAGUUUGUGACAGUAGACUGACGGAGGAGCAGAAGUACGUUUUCGAUUCGGUGCUGAACGUCUUUGGGAAAAAUGUGGAGAAAGCUUUCGUCGCCGUCAUAACAUUUUCUGACUGGAGUGCACAACCACCUGCAUUGAACGUUUUAAAGGCGGGAGGGAUCCCCUUUAACGAGGUUUUCAUGAUCAACAAUUCUCCCAUAUUUGCUGGCUGCAAGGAGGGGGAUGAAGGCAUGAAAAGGUUUACGUGGGACACCAGCUUCGAGAAGAUGAAGCGCUUCUGCGAUCGGUUGGAGUCCUGUGAAGACGCAUCCCUCGACCCCACGUGGGAAGUUCUGAACAAAAGACUCGCAAUCGAAGACCUUAUGUAUCGCUUUAGGAAAGAACUUCAUACAGGAAAUGAUAUUUUGGAGCUUCUACAAAUCGCCUUCGACGCGUUAAGGAAGGCCAGUGCCGAGAGGGCAAACAAGAGCAAGCUCCAGAAAUUCGGAAAUGCAUUUAGAGCCGUCCAUUUGAAAAUACAUGGACUUAUCCUCGAUGCUCGAGCUUGCAUUUCCAAAUUGGAGGAGAUCGCUCUGAAACCGGAGGCAGUCCAUGUCGCUGGGUACAUCGAUACGCUCAUCAAAAAAGGGAGCGGAAUUGGUGAUGAGCAGAAAUUAAAAGUCCUGCACGAAUCCCGCGAGGCUGCUGCCUGGUUGUCAGCCAUGAGGAACCAGGCAGAUUGGGAUCCAUUUGAGGAACGCCUCUCCGAUCUGAAGAAUUUCGGACUUCAACUCACGUUUGACGGGGAAAACAGCGACGUUCAGUUUCUUCAAGAGUCAGCAGGAAUUCUGCAGACUUCUAUCACAUUUCCCUACUCACAUGGGAGAAACACGACGACGUGCACGAUGCCCGAAGGCCACCAUGGACCCAAGGACGAAAUACUCACCCCCUCAGUUCCUGGGGAAACGGAGAUGAACCCGAGUGUGGCAGAGAGAGUCCGAAAAAUGUCCAGUUAUGUUGGAAAAUUCAAUGGAUACGACUUGUAUGAGCUGAUGAAGGAAGAGGUAUGCCGGGAAGAAAAUUCAUUUGCCAUUUAUAACGUCAUCAAGCCCAAUACCCCCGUCACCAGUGUCACGAAAGUCGUCAUGUUCGUCGGCAAGUGUGGGAUCGGGAAAACCUCCACGAUUAACUCCCUGAUUAACUACAUCUUUGGAGUGACAUUUGAUGACGAAUUUCGCUUCAAGCUCAUCCAUGAAGAAGCCUCCCAGUCAUACAUCAGUCGCACGAAGGAGGUGUCCGCCUAUAUAGUCCACGCGCAGUAUGGAUCCAGAUUCCCGCACAAUAUAAUCAUCAUCGAUACCCCUGGAUUCGCUGAUGCAAGUGGCUUGGACGCUGAAAAGAAAUUGCUCCGAAAAUUCAAGAGGUUCUUUGACGAGGGAAAAAAAUGGAACAUCACUCGAAUCCAUGCUGUUGGACUUGUCGUUCCAGUGAGCGACAGUAGACUCACGGUGGAACAGAUGUACGUUUUCGAGUCGGUGUUGGGCAUCUUUGGGAAGGAGGUAGAGCGAUCUUUCGUGGCUGUCACAACAUUUUCUGACGGGAUAUUCGCUGACUGCAAUAAGGGGAAUCUGGACAUGAAAAGGAAUAUGUGGGACGCCAAUUUUGAGAAGAUCAAGCUCUUUUGCGAUCGGUUGGAGUCCUGUGAAGACGCAUCUCUCGACACCACGAGGGAAGUGCUGGACGAAAGGCUCGCAAUCGAAGACAUCAUGCAUCGCUUGCAGAAGGAAAUUCAUAAUGGAAUAGACACGUUGGAGCUUCUACAAAGCUCCUAUGACGUAUUGAGGAUGGGCAGCGCUGUGAGAACCAACAGGGAGAAGCUAAGGAAUUUCGGGAGAAUAUUUAGGGACGUGCAGUUGAAAGUGCACAAACUCAUCCUCGAGGUCAGAGUCAGCCUUUCCAAACUGGAAAAAGCCGCUUUGAAACUGGAAACGGUCGCCAUCACCAAAUACAUCGUUAUACUCAUUCGGAGAGAAAGACGAAACAAUGAUGACAAUAAAUUAAAAGCCCUACAAGCCUCGCGCGAGGCUGCGGCGUGGCUCACAGCCAUGAAGCACCAGGCGAAUUGGGAUCCUUUCGAAAAACACCUCUCCAAUCUGGAGACGAGCGGCCUUCAACUCACGUUUGAUGGUGAAGACUGUGACGUCCACUUUCUGUAA